CCUGAGGUUGUGGGUUGUCAUCUGAAGGGGCGGGUCCAGACUCAGUCCAUUAGGAAGCUGGGGCCUGUGGGAAGGAACUCCGAAGCUCAGUGUUUGCGUCUUUCUCUCGGUAUCUUUGUGUCACAGAGUUUUUCUCUCUCUCUCCAGCCCCACCCUCUCAAUCUCCUCUGGGUGCACUAAUGGGGUUGGAAAGUGGGAACGGGAGUGUGUAGGUGUGUGUUGAGGGAUCUGGGUUUCAUAAGUAACCCACAUCUCCCCCAGCCCCUCACACCCUGGGGUCUGCCCUGUGCUGAGAGGGGAAAGAGAGGCCUGAGUUUAUAACGAAGGGAUAGCUUACUCUUACUCAUUACAAAGUCACUCCUGUAGUCUAACUUCCCUGUGUUCAUCAGCUGGUGCCCUGUCUGACCCUCAUUCCCUCCUUAUGGCUUCCCCUCUCAGCCUCCGGAUGGGGCUCUUCAUCCCAAUCUGUCACAGAGGAGCUCAGGAGGAAGCAGGGGGCUUGGCGAUGUCCACCUCACUGUUGUAUAAGCAGAUGGAUCUGAUCUUUCUCACCGGGUCUCUUUCUUCCUCCCCUUUCCUUCAAAAUCCCUGAGGCUCAGGGAGAAACUGUAGGUGGGGGUUGGGGGUACUGGAGACUGACAGCAGAGGAGUAGUUGUGGGGCCACCUGGAAGAUCUGGGUGGAGAGAUCUCGCCCCUGUUUUCCUCCCUGAAUUAGGUCUCAGUUGCGGCCGCAGGAGAGAAGGCUUUACCCUCUUCUUAGACUCCCCUCCUUCCCCUCAUUUCCCUUCUAGACGCUGACAGAGGCAAAAAACUGCUAACUCAGGGGGCAGACUCAACCAGGGCUGUGAGCAGGCCUGGGGAAUGACCCCCCGAUCUCGAACCAGCGCCUUCCGUGGCUGCACGGCUGUCUCAAGCUGUCUCUGCUUCUGUGCCUGGCCUUUGCCCUGUCCCUCUCUAGUGUUACCCUUCCCUGUGCCACAUGGGCCCUCUGUCUUCUACCAGGACCAUGCGCCUCUGGGGGCCUUGGAGCCUGGGGGUGGCUCUGGGAGUCUUCAUGACCAUCGGAUUUGCCCUCCAACUCUGGGGGGGCCCCUUCCAGAGGAGGCUACCUGGGCUGCAGCUCCGACAGCCCUGGGCCCCAUCUCCGGGACCAGCUGUUCCAUCCUGCCCACCUCGGCAGCGACUUGUUUUCCUGAAGACGCACAAAUCCGGGAGCAGCUCUGUGCUGAGCCUGCUUCAUCGCUAUGGGGACCGACACGGGCUGCGCUUCGCCCUCCCCGCCCGCUACCAGUUCGGCUACCCAAGGCUUUUCCAGGCCUCUCGGGUCAAAGGCUACCGCCCUCAGGGUGGAGGCACCCAGCCCCCCUUCCACAUCCUCUGUCAUCACAUGAGGUUCAACCUGAAAGAGGUACUUCAGGUCAUGCCUUCUGACAGCUUCUUCUUUUCCAUUGUCCGAGACCCAGCAGCUCUGGCUCGCUCUGCCUUCUCCUACUAUAAAUCCACCUCAUCGGCCUUCCGCAAAGCACCAUCCUUGGCUGCCUUCCUGGCCAAUCCUCGAGCCUUCUACCGGCCUGGGGCUCGUGGGGACCACUAUGCGCGCAACUUGCUAUGGUUUGACUUUGGCCUCCCCUUUCCCCCACAGAUGAGGACCAAGAGAGGGAAUCCUCAACCCCUCAGGGACCCCAACCUCCCACAGCUGCGCGUCUUGCCUUCUGGCGCUGACCCUCGAGCCCACACCCAGGAUCCCAAUGCUCUCUUCCGUCCUGCUCCCACUAUUGCUGACAGCCAGAUGUCCAGCCCUGCCUCUUUAGAUUUGGAGUCCUCGUCCUUCAUCCAGUGGAAUCUGGCCUGGCUGGACUCAGUCUUUGACUUGGUCUUGGUAGCCGAGUACUUUGAUGAGUCAUUGGUUCUGCUGGCAGACGCCCUGUGCUGGGGUCUGGAUGAUGUGGUGGGCUUCAUGCACAAUGCCCAGGCUGGAGGUAAGCUGGGCGGAAGCACUGUUGGCAAUGGUGGAUUGACUGCCGAGGACAGGCAGCUGACCGCUCGGGCUCGAGCCUGGAACAACCUGGACUGGGCUCUCUAUGUUCACUUCAACCACAGUCUGUGGGCACGGAUAAAGCAAUACGGCCAGAACCGGCUGCAGAGUGCUGUGGCGGAGCUGCGAGCUCGCCGAGAGGCCCUGGCUAAACAUUGUCUGGUGGGGGGUGAGGCUUUAGACCCCAAAUACAUCACUGACCGUCGGUUCCGCCCUUUCCAGUUUGGGUCAGGUAAGGUUCUGGGCUAUGUACUUCGGAGUGGACUGAGCCUCCAAGACCAGGUGGAGUGUGAGCGCCUGGCUACCCCUGAGCUACAGUACAAGGACAAGCUAGAUGCUAAGCAGUUCCCCCCAACAGUCUCUCUGCCCCUCAAAACUUCAAGGCCACUCUCCCCAUAGGCAUCAGAGUACUAAGUCCUAGGCUGAAGAGCAGCUAAGCUUGAAGGGCACGUGUGAGGACUGGGGGACAGCCAGAUGCAUUUUGCUGCCCUCAGAAAGCAUGUCUAGAUGCUUUCCAGAGGAUGAAUGAAACUUUGCACGGAUUUGGGCCCCAAGUCCUCCAGCCGGGUCCGAGAAAUCCCAGUCCUUUGUCUGCUAGCAGCGUCCCCCCGCCCCCGCCAUUUUGCCCCUUCCCCCUUCCCCUUUCCAGUCCUCCACCUCCCCCCACCCCGAGGAGCAAACCAUGGAGUAAACCAGAGAAAGUUUGGGACACGGUGGAUUGGAAUAAUGCGUCAAUUUCUCUAUGAAAUAUUUGUUACUGGGUUCUGUUCGUCUCACUAUAAAAUGUUUGUUGAAUGAAUAAAUAACUUGAAA